ACUGCUGAAAACAUACAGGAACACACUACUUUACAGCACUUGGGAGACACUCGAUCGCGAUGGCCAAGAACAAGAUCAUCAUCGAUACCGAUCCGGGUAUCGAUGAUAUUCUCGCUAUGCUGCUCGCCUUUGCAUCGUCUCCGGAAGAGAUUGAGGUGUUGCUUAUUUCAUUGACAUUUGGCAAUAUUGAAGUGGAGAGCUGCUUACGAAACGUCGUCUCAAUGCUGCAUAUCCUUGAACGCGAAAUGGCAUGGCGCAAGAAACAAGGCAGACCAGAGGGCUUCGAUACGCUCCGAGCACACAAACCCGUCAUUGCAGUCGGCGCUAAACAACCGCUGGAUGACCAGAAGAUGCUGGCAGACUAUUUCCAUGGAAAGGACGGCCUGGGUGGAAUUCACUUUAGCCACCCUCAUCUCACCCCCGGCGAGUCUUGGGAACAUCUCUUCGAUCCAAUAUCAGACCCCGAAGUCCUACCGAACGUCGGCCCAUCUCCUUCAGAAUCUCACCAAUCAUUCAUCCCGUCAAAACAACCUGCUUCAGAUGAGAUACUUCGCGUUCUCAAAGAAAAUGAAGAGAACACCGUCACGAUUGUUGCUGUCGGGCCUCUUACAAACCUCGCGUUGGCGGCUGCUAAGGAUCCAGAGACUUUCCUUAGAGUCAAGGAAGUCGUCGUUAUGGGAGGGACUAUCAACGAUCCAGGAAAUGUCACGCCAGUAGGCGAGUUCAACGCCUAUGCCGACGCCGUUGCCGCAGCACGUGUGUUUGCCCUAACUUCGCCCAACCCACAAAGCACCCUUCCACCCAGUAAAAGACUACGGCCUUAUCCAGCCAAACUCAGUAAGCGACUAACACUCAAACUCUUCCCACUGGACAUCACAAGCCAUCACGAUCUUAUUCGCGGCGACUUUGACCACACCAUCACUCCACUACUCCAAUCCGGCAGUCCUCUAGCCGAAUGGGUCGACGCCUUCAUGGCGCACGUAUUCCAAACCCUUGAGCGUCUCCAUCCAGGCCAUGAAGGCGCAAAAGCUAGUCUCACCUUGCACGACCCCGUCUGUGUAUGGUACGCAUUGACAUCGGAUGAUCCGCGAUGGAGACCUACACCGACAUCACCGGAGGAUAUCCGAAUUGAGACAGUGGGUCAAUGGACGAGAGGGAUGUGUGUCGUUGAUCGACGAAAUAGACACAAAGUUGAAGAUGAGGUGGAAAGUCACAGUGACCAUGGUCUAUGGCUGAGUUCGAGAGCUGGGAAUAGGAUUAUUAGGAUUGGGGAGUCGCCUGGUGGGGAUACUUUUGGUAUGUUGUUGAUGAAGAAGCUUUUUGAAUAG